AUGUCCACGACAACAGAAAUUCUUUUCAACUCUCCUGCUCUUCAUUCCUUAAAACGCGACCAGCUCGUCAAAUUAUGCAAAAUUCAUUCAAUCAAAGCAUCAGGAAAGAAUGUAGAGCUUAUCCAGAAGCUUAGACUACAUGCACAGACAUUGCCUAAGGACUCGCCGCUGAGCAUCGCUGCCCGAAGUGAAGAGCAUGGGCCCAUUCCUAUGCAGGUUCAAGAACCCUUACCCCAGGGACUGGAGGACGAGCAGGAAAUGGGAGAUGACGUCUCUUAUCAGAAUAGUCGAUCGAGGCCAAGCGAGCAAUGGGAAAUGGUCAUGGAUAGCAUCGAGGAGCUCGAUGAAGAGUCAUCCCAGGGUACCCUAACAUCCCAAAGAACCCUUGGGCAUAAUGGAGGCACUGGAGAGUUCGGGACCGGUGGAUCAAAAUCCACAACAGUCAGCUCCUCAAUCAAAGCCAUCGCCACUUCUCUGGGACUAAAGAAGGGGAACCCUAAAUCCACUACUACGUCGACUUCUUCAAAGAAGAACACCCCCUUCACCCCGCACGCCGUCCAAGAACCGACAGACGAGUUGUCCCAGAUGUCAACCCCUUAUGCAUCUCUUCCUGAGGCUACAUCUCUGCCACAGACAGAUCAUUUCACGCUCAAUGACACUCGUAUGUCAAUAGAUGGAACUGAGGAUAUUCCUUUGCCCGGGCAUGUUCUUCGACCUGGCGUUCCAGCCCCAGAGAAUGCACGACUCAGUAUGGGCACAGGGGUACCAGCUACUCCUUCGCGCCCAACAACUACGAUCAGGCUCAUCUCGAACCCACUCUCGAAUCCAGGGGCAGGUGUAGACCAUAGUUACGCUUCAGGAGAAAACGGGACACCUCAACUUAAACCCUUCAAGACUAGCUUUGACAUUACCUUUGGUAGUCCCAUCCCUAACAGUUCCGGUUUAAACUUUGGGGGUAUGAGUAUUUGGCCUCCAAGGACUGAAGAAGACGUUCAUAUGAGAGGCAUUUACCCUGCCUUAUCUUUUGAGGACCUUCCCCCUUCUCUCGAGAUGAAACCUCCUGGGACACCUGCGAAACCAGGGGACGUUACCGUCCACUCCCCCUUGGCGAUUCCCAAAUCCCCUGAUGUCUUUGUAUUUGGUACACCGCACAAGCUCACUGACGACCAAUUCCGUUCAGCUGCUGCCUCUGUUCUAGAUGAAGUCAACCGGAAACUACGUGAAGAUGGUGUUAAAGAAGUAAAUACCGACAUUAUUGGCAAUCUCCAUCCGGAAACCAAGAAAGAGCCCCCUCGUGAGAUCAAACCCAUACCUGUAUCCAAGCGGGGUGAGAUUACGAACAAGUUCAAUCGACUUCACGAGGAAGAGUUUCAGAAGAUGGAGGGCAUUGACUCGUUGGUAAAACGGCGUGCAGAGAGGCUUGUCCCAAAGAAACUGUCGGGGGAUGGCGAGAAAGUUGUGCUAGGCAAGAAGCGCAAAUCCAGUGUUCUGGCUGAUGAGGGAGGAAUUGGAUCUCGUCGGCCGAGUGUGAUUGCUCCCCGCCGUGCCAGUAAUACUCGCGUUAUCAGUAACGGCCGGCGAGCCAAAGCAAUUCCUGGGGCGUUUGACUUCGGCAAUGAUGAAGGUGAUGCGGAGGAACAGGAAGACGAUCGUGCUGGCAAACGUGUUAAGAUGGACCCUGAUUCCGCAUUAUCGCCCGAUGAAGAGGCCAAGAAGCAAGAGAUGGCUGAACAACGUCGCUUAGAGCUUGCGAAAGAGAAAGACGCCAUUCUUAAGAAGCUCGAGGCCAACAGAGCACGCAGACGAAGCAGUGCUGCUCAUGGUGGUUUGUCUGGUCGUAAAAGUGGACGACUCAGUGUUGGAAAACCCAGACAAAGCAUCCUAGUCAAGCCAAAGCCUAAACCUAAGUUCGGGUUUCUCUCUUCCGCCAAAUCGCUUGUACAAAGUGUCUGGAAUCGUGGAAAGGCGUCUACCCCUGUCGUCGCCGGGCCAAGUCAGAUACCGAAAGCCUCGCCCACUGCUAAACCAGAACCCGUCAAAGGAAAGACGGGUCCUCCAUCUUUCGUGCCUACUAAGAAAUCUUCAGUGGCGCCUCCCCGUGCCAGUGCUGCUAUGGCGAGUGGAAGUCGUGGCAUGUCAACCAGAGUCAGCGACCCAAAACUAAAAGCCGACGAUGCUAAAUCUCUGUCAUCAAAUAAAGGUUCUAUUGCAACUUCUACGUCUUCUAGAGCGCGUUCCCCUCCAGUUGCUGGUUCGAGCAGGAAUAGCUUACAAAGUAACGCAGGGUCGCGCACAAGUAGGACUAGCUCUAUCGUGUCACCGAGCUCAAGGGCGACUUCAAUUGCAGGAACCGCGGCCAGCAGAGCGCGCAGUCCAACCAACGUAUCAUCGAUCGGUACUCGGCUUUCGUCUACUACUGGGUUCUCAUCCAUCGGCGACGUUGGAAGUAUGGGCGUCAAAAAUAUUGCUGGUAGAAAAUCUGUUGCGGCUAAAUCAUCAGUUCCUGGUUCAAGCUCUUCGAGGUUUUCCAAUGUAUCCUCAAGGUUGUUCGCGCCCACUGCGAGCUCAUUGGCGAAAAUGGCAAAAGCGCCCUUGCCUGAUGCUUCUGGUUCCAAUAAGCAGACCCUGACUUCAAUCACCAAUAGUCCUGCUGUCGCCGCCGCUUCUCCUGCCCCAACUUCAUCAAGCACUUUUUCGCCUAGGCCAGGUGGCAUAUUCAGCAAACCUCUUGCGUUACCCCCGCAGUCUUGUAUCCCAACACCUGUCAAGAGCCAACUCCCCAAUGACGAGGGUGCCACGGUCGGGGGAGGCUCAUCCAAGCAGGAAAAGACAACGGACACGACUUCUGCGCUCUCUCGCACACGUUCACUCAAUGGCAGAAAGCCACGCAUCUCCAGAUCGAAAGUGAUUGCGCGCCUUGCUUCGCAAAGGGCGGCCGGUACUAGUAGUGGCGGACGUGUUGCAUCAGCAUCUGCAAUAGCGCCUAGGCCAUCCAACGCUGCCGGUGGGCGGGUUGUCAGUGGAAAGACCCGUUCGAGUCUAGGUGCAAAAGUGUCUCGGGCAAGCUAUGGUGGUGGGACGAGGUCGCGUCCCAGCGUCGGGUCAAGUGAUGGCGUCAUGAUGAGCGCAAAGAAGCGGGCAAGGCAGAGUGAGUAUGCGAGGAGGAAAAGUAAAGUUGGACCUUUAAACUUUGAUGGUAUUGCUCCGAAAGGAGUGGAUGUUGAUAUGAACUAA